GUCGCCGUGGCUACCGCUGAUCAAACUAAAAACUGACGCAACGUGUCUGUACUGCGGUGCAAUUAAAUCGCCUGUGUAAAAUUGUUUGUUGAAAGGUGCUGCUUCCAAUAACAUCGGUAAUCAAUAAGUCAAAAUGGUUCUUGACAUUGAAUGUUUUCGUGCCGACAAGGGUGGCAAUCCGGAUAAAGUACGGGAGAACCAAAUCAAGCGAUUUAAAGAUCCUGCUCUUGUAGAUAAAGUAGUUGAAACUGAUACCAAGUGGAGGAAACUUCGCCAUGAUCUUGAUAAUUGGAACAAGUUAAAAAAUGUGUGCAGCAAAGAAAUCGGUAAAAAAAUGAAAAACAAGGAACCAGUCGGCAGUGAUGAUAGUGUGCCGGAUGACAUAGUAAAUGCUUUGAGUAAGAUAAAUUCCGAGGCCUUACAGAACUUGACAGUUUGUCAAAUUAAAAAAGUUAGUACUCUUUUGGAUGACGAAUUAGCUCGAUGCAAUAGUGAUUUAGCAACAUUUGAAGCUCUUCGCAAUAACUCUUUGAAAGAAGUUGCUAAUUGGUUGCACGAAUCUGUACCUGUCAGUAACGAUGAGGAAGAAAAUAUCAUUGUUAGAACAUGGGGGGAUACAACUAGCAAGAAAAAAUAUUCUCAUGUUGACUUAAUUACAAUGAUUGAUGGAGUUGAUAAUGAAAGAGGUGCAGUCACUGCUGGUGGAAGAGGUUACUAUCUUAUAGGUGCUGCAGUUUUCCUUGAACAGGCACUCAUACAGCUUGCUUUAAGAAUGCUGUAUCAAAAGAAAUAUAAGCCACUCUACACACCCUUUUUUGUUCGAAAGGACAUAAUGCAAGAAGUUGCACAGUUAAGUCAGUUUGAUGAAGAACUUUAUAAAGUUAUUUGUAAAAGUAGUGAGAAAGGUGACGGUGUCGUUGAUGAAAAGUAUUUAAUUGCGACUUCUGAACAGCCCAUAGCAGCUUUUCAUAGGGACGAGUGGAUUGCUACAGAAUUGCUACCAAUCAGAUAUGCUGGUCUUUCAUCUUGUUUCCGCCAAGAAGUAGGCUCUCACGGUCGAGACACGAGAGGUAUAUUUAGGGUUCACCAGUUUGAAAAAAUUGAACAGUUCUGCUUAACUUCUCCGCAUGAUAAUAAGUCGUGGGAAAUGUUUGACGAGAUGCUUUCGAAUGCCGAAGAAUUUUGCCAAGCACUCAACAUUCCCUAUCGUGUGGUUAACAUCGUUUCUGGCGAAUUGAACAAUGCUGCAUCUAAGAAACAUGAUAUCGAAGCCUGGUUUCCGGGUUCAUCAGCAUUCAGAGAGCUGGUGUCGUGUUCGAACUGUCUGGAUUAUCAAUCUAGGCGAUUGCAAGUUAGGUACGGCCAAACUAAGAAAAUGAAUGCCCAAGUAGAUUAUGUUCAUAUGCUUAAUGCCACUAUGUGUGCCACAACUCGAGUGAUAUGUGUGAUUUUAGAGAAUUUCCAGACUGAAACUGGAAUUACUGUGCCUGAUGCUUUGAAGCAGUUUAUGCCACCUGAUCUGCAGGAUGAAAUUCCUUUCGUUAAACCAGCCCCCAUUGAUGAAGCUGAAACGAAAAAACAGAAAAAGCAAAAAGAAGGAAUGAAGAAUAAAAAAGAGGAAUGAUGUUAUUAACAUUUAAGGAACUUGGACUUUAAAGAAUUUUGGAUACUACAUUGCUAAUAUCACAACAUUAAACAUUAUAUGAAAUCGCUCUAUGGCUGGUUUGCUACAUUUUUUAUUUAUUACUAUUUCUUCAUAUUAUACAUAUUGUUAACUAUAUAAAGGCAAAUAUACUAUAAUUUAAAAAAUUUGAUCUUGGGCCAUUCCACCGUCACGUACGGGACAAAAAUAUGCUUUAAUUUCAUUGACAUUUUGUCAUAUCUCUUAAUAAUUUAAUGAAACAGGGGUAAGCAAUUUUUUUAAUCUUUACAUUUGAUACAAAGCUACUCCUAACACAAUUAUAUUUUUAUUAAACAAUUUUGUUAUUUAAAAUAAAAUUUAUUUACAUGCGUCACGUGCGGGACAUCCAAAGUCAACCUCUGGCAACUUGCUUAUGAAUAAGCUAAUAUUUUUGCUCUAUUAAUACAGCAAUGACGAAACAAAUUGUAGAAUUUGAAAGCUAUGGUUCCAAUGUAAAGGAAACAUCUCAUUAGUUUAGAAAUAAUUAUUUAAACCACUGAAAACAAAUUGUAUAUUCCCAUUCCAUUGAAAAUGGUCAUUUUGUCCAGAAGUGACAAUUCCUAUAUUUCAUAAAAAAGAAAAAAUUUUUGAAGCAAGUUUUUGCUUAAGAUGUCACACAUGCGUUUGUGAUUUCUUAAGCAAUUAAAUUUUGUUCAUCAUCCUUUUAAAUUAUUAUUUUUUAUGAAAUAGAUGAAGCGUCACCUGCGGGACAAAAUUACUGUUUUCCAUGGAAUAACCCUCUAGUCUUCGAAAGGAAAAAAAAGAAAGAGAAUUUUUUUAGUUAAAAAAUUAUUGAAUUCGGCCCCCAUUUUAAUGGUAUUUUCAUCAUCCAAUAUUUAUUUUUUACUUACUUUACUACACUGGUU